UGCAGGCGAAUGGCCGCCGUCGUCGAGCGCGUGCUGGCGGGCCUCGACGAGGACCUGCUCGAGUACGUGACGGGCCUCUGCGAAGACACGGACGACGACAGCGACCUCGCCGAGGCGGUGGCGGCCUUCUGUUUGUCGAGUGAGCUCUGCGAGGAGGAGGACGACGCGGAAGCGAAGGCCCAGGAAUUGCUAAAGGCGUUAGGACGAGGCGCCUCGAAACCUGUGGAAGCGCCGAAGCCGCCCUCACCCAAGGCACAAAAACCGCGGGCGCCGAGCGCCGCGCUGGCGGCCGCGAAGAGCGUCUUUACAGAGGCGCCGAAGCCGCCCGUGGCACCCGUACAACAAACGACGCGCGCACCAGUCAAAGAGAAGAAGCCGAAAAAAGCACCGAAAAGAGUAGAUGAUAAAAAUUCGGUAGCGAACAAAAAAAUGCGCCUCGAGGCGGAGAUGGAGGCGGCCCGGAUCAAAGCUUGCCGGGCGCGGUGGGCUCAAGGAGCGCAUAAAGGUGCUAUUGAGGCCAAAAAUUUUUCUCUGCCGAAUCCUGGGGGAGGUGUCGACCUCGUCGAGGACGCGGCCUUUACAUUAGUGAGAGGCCGGAGGUACGCUCUGGUCGGUCGCAAUGGUAAAGGCAAAUCCACACUGCUCCAAGCCGUCGCCGCGCGGAGAGUUGGUUCUGUUCCAGAGGCGUGCGCCGUGCACUAUGUACAUCAAGACAUUCAACUAAGUAAGGAGCAGGAGGAAUUGAGGCCCGUCGAUCUCGUAUUGGCGGCGGACGUCGAACGACGCGUACUACUGUCAGAUCGGGAGGUCAUUAAUUCAAAACUGAAAGACGCCUCACCGUCCGAAGCGGCUACGCUAACGAAGGACCUGCAGAAGACGCUGGAGAGAUUAGAGACCUGCGAGGCCGAUAGUGCUGCUCGUAGAGCCGAUGAGUUGCUGCAGAACCUGGGAUUCUCCGAGGCGCUACGUAAGAGGAAGAUGCGCGAAUUGAGCGGAGGCUGGCGCGUGCGCACGUUUCUCGCGUCGGCGUUGUUCGCGAGGCCCGACGUGUUGUUGUUAGAUGAGCCUACGAAUCAUUUGUCCAUUGCUGCCGUGUUGUGGCUCGCACGCGAGUUAACCACCUCCGAAGUUUGGAGUGAUAGAGUCGUCGUAUGUGUCAGUCAUGAUCGAACGUUCCUCGAAGACGUUUGUGGGGAUGUGCUCCACAUCUCGGGCCACUGCCGACGUUUGACCCAAACGCAUGGGGACUACGCGACCUGGCGCGCUCGUAGGGCCGAGAAGUUAAUAACGUGGCAAAGACAGCAAAGAAAACAAGAGGCCGAGGUCGAGAAACUGAAGGAGUACGCCGGCCACGGCUUUCGCUACGGCGGGUCGCAGUCGCAGAUCAACAAGAUGAAGAUGAAGGCUAAACAGGCCGAUAAAGUCCAGGAGCAGAUCGAUGCCGACGCGGACGAGGCCCAGGAUCUCCUCGAGGACCAGGAACUACCUUUAGAAUUACAGUGCGGCGGGCACAUUCCCGGCAAUCUCAUCGCGCUGAAGGACGUCGGGUUCCACUAUCCGAACGGCGAGUGGUUGUUUCGUAAUGCUGAAUUAGGCGUUGAUGGGAAGUCUAGGAUCGUGUUCCUGGGAGAGAACGGCAACGGCAAGACUACUUUAGUGAAAUUAUUAACUGGUAGCCUGGAACCGGUCGAGGGCGAGUGCAAGCGGUCCCCGGGCGUUCGUAUCUCGUUGGUGAAUCAACACCACGCCGACCAGUUGGACCUGCGAAAGACACCCCUACAAUUUAUGUUGGAUAAGUUCCCAGGAAACGGGAGCAACGAACACGAACUGAAGCUGAGAUCCCACCUCGCGAAAUGUGGCGUCACCGGCGGCGAGCCUGAUUUACAAAAUAUUCCGGCGGCGGCUUUAUCGGGAGGGCAACGUUCAAGAGUCGCAUUGGCUGCUGUCAGCUAUACGGCGCCCCACGUCCUGGUCAUGGACGAGCCGACGAACAAUUUGGACCUGGAGUCUGUGGCAGCUUUGGCUGAUUGCGUGCGCGGGUUCAAGGGCGCCGUGGUCGUGGUCUCGCACGACCAGUUCUUCGUCAACGCCGUCUGUGACGAGGCCUGGGUCGUGAACCACGGCAAGGUGAAGCGGGCGGCGUCCUUCGCAGCGUACGUCGAGCGGCAGGUGCGCAAGCUCGAGCGGUAGCGUCUUCGUCGCGCGCGUCGAUGGCGCCUCGCCGCGGCGUCGCCGCCGCGUUUUCUAACUUUAGUAGUGUGAGCUUUCCUUCUACGUACGCGGCCCGGGGAAGUAGUCAGUUAAGGUCAAG